GAGAAUCAAAAUCGGAAGAGAAUAAUGGCGGACGCAUCACAUCUGGAGCGAAUGGGAAGGGAGCUGAAAUGCCCUAUAUGUUUGAGUCUGUUUAAUUCGGCCGCUUCACUCACCUGCAAUCAUGUGUUUUGCAAUGUGUGUAUCGAGAAAUCCAUGAAAGCAUCAUCGAGUUGUCCUGUUUGUAAAGUUCCAUACAGGCGAAGAGAAAUUAGGCCAGCUCCUCAUAUGGAUAAUUUGGUAAGCGUUUACAAAAGCAUGGAAGUAGCAUCUGGAGUCAGUAUCUUCAACACUCAGACUGAAGCUUCACCUGGUCCUUCGGUCCAAAAUAAUGGCCAAACGAAACCUGAAGCUUCAGAAACUGGGAAUAAAAAACAACCUGGAAAGAGAGGAUCAAAGAGUGCAUCAAUUUUCCCUACAAAUAAAAGGGUUCAGGUGUCACCAUAUACAAGUGCAAGGACUGAAAUGGUGCGAGAAAACCUGACUGAUAGAACUGCUGAAAUCAACAGAAAUGAAACUAAUAAUGGUCAUGUUUUACAAAAUAAUAUCCCUUCUACUUAUGAAAAGGGGAAAGCCCAUUUACCUCCAUUUUUCUGGCUGAGAGAUGAAGAGGACAUGGAGCAGUCAAGUCAGCAGACGAAUGACAAUCUGGUUAUGUAUACACCACCAGAAGCUCCUUGCUUCAGUGACAUUAAAGAUUCAGAUGAUGAGAGAGGAGAUUGUAACUUAUCAAACAAUGUGGAUUUCUUUGAUAGUGAAAUGUUUGAUUGGACACAGAGGCCUUGCUCUCCUGAACUUUGUUCAACUCCUCCAACUAUACAGAUUGAAGAACAUACUGCUGAAGAGGAUGUAGCCUUAAAACGUGUGGAUGCCACCUCAACAGAAACAGCUGGUCAAAAGAACAGACCUAAUAGUGCAGUAGGCAAGUGUAAAAGGGAAAAAAUCUCUGAAACCAAAGGCAGAACGAGAGCUUCUAAUAAGAAAGCCAAUGCAAAUGAGCCUGAAAAGGACAAGAAAGCUAAAAGCAUUUCUAAAGUAACUGCAGUCUGUGCUGAAUUAGGCAAUGUAAUCUAUCAAGAUAUGCAAGAGGGUACUAAAGACACUCCAAUGACUCAAAAAGGAAAAUCCAGAGUAGGUAAAAAGGUCCUCUUUGAUGCUAGUGUUCAAGAGAAAGAUGUUCAAUCUUUAUCUGAUGGGGUAGAGCCUCUAGCAAGCAGCAAGGGUGCAGCAUUCACUCAAGUUUCUGCACCAGAGAUGUGUCAAAAGAGCAAUGAAGGACAAACAAAGUCAAAAAAGAGUGCUGAAGACAAUAAAAACUCUAAGAAACCAACUCAGCUACCAACAUCUGGUAGUAAAGAAAAAACUAAAAAAUCCGAAAUUGGAAAAAAGGUCUUAGAUACUGAGCAAGACAAAGAGGAGUUGAUUUCCAAGCUGCUUAGUAAUCCACCAGGAAUUCAUGAAGAAGUUUUGGAUGAAUGUGUCAAAAGGAAGUAUAGAAAAAUAUGUAGAAAGUCACCAAGCUCUGCAAAGAAAGUCAAAUUCUCUGUUCAGAGCAUGUGUAAGGACAGCCAUAGUGGUAAAGCAUUAGGUGCUAAUGAAAAGGAUGUGACCACAGAUCACUUAUCUGAAGAUAUUCAAGUUCAAAGGGAUCAAUCAGACAUGAAAACUCCAUCAAAAGUUGAUAAAUCAUUUUCCUCCCUUAGCGGGCAUGCUUUGCAAAAAUGUAAUACAUCUCCCAGUACAGUUUGUUGUGCUUUCUGUCAAUCAUCUGAAGAGUCAGAGGCUUCAGGGAUCAUGGUUCACUAUGUUGGAGGGAAGUUGGCAAUGGAUGAUGCAAGAAAGAAUGCUAUACACGUUCACAAGAACUGUGCUGAAUGGGCACCCAAUGUGUAUUUUGAAGAUGAUACUGUUGUCAACCUUGAAAAUGAGCUGUCCAGAAGUCGAAGAAUUAGAUGCUGUUGCUGUGGCAUCAAAGGAGCUGCUCUCGGGUGUUAUGACAAGAGUUGUCGUAAGAGCUUUCACGUUCCUUGUGCUAGGUUGACUCCAGAAUGCCGAUGGGAUUCUGAAAACUUUGUUAUGCUAUGUCCAGUUCAUACAUCAUCUCAACUGCCAAAUGGUACGCCUCAAUCUCAAUCAAGGAAGAAAAGUAAAUCUUCUGCUGAAAGAAAAUCUUGCAUCCAUCAAGAUAAAGUGAAAACCAAUGAAGAAGGCAAAGACAGAUCACCGGUACAGUGGAAGUCUCGGAAGACGUUUAAAAAUUUGGUUCUCUGCUGCUCAGCUCUCACCAAUACAGAGAAAGAAACUGUUACAGAGUUUGAGAACUUGUCUGGAGUAACAAUACUAAAGAACUGGGACCCUACCGUCACCCAUGUAAUUGCUUCGUCAGAUGAAAAUGGAGCAUGCAGACGUACACUCAAAUUUUUAAUGGGUGUCUUGGAAGGAAAAUGGAUUUUGAGUGUUCAGUGGAUUAGAGCUUGCAUUGAAGCUGGAGAGAUAGCUGAUGAGGAACAGUUUGAGAUCUCAGUCGACAUUCAUGGAAUCAGGAAUGGACCAAAGCUCGGCAGAUUAAGACUUCUAAACAAGCAACCAAAACUGUUUGAUGGCUAUACAUUCUAUCUCAUGGGAGAUUUCACACCUUCAUACAGAGGAUAUCUCCAUGAUCUUGUGAUUGCUGCUGGAGGAAAAGUUCUGAACAGGAAGCCUGUUGAUGGAAGCUCUGAGACGACCUUCAUCAUUUACAGCGUCGAGCUUCCGGAACAGUGCAAGCCAAACAACGGAGGCUCAAUCGUGGAGCAGAGACGUGCGAGUGCAGAAGCUUUAGCCUCCUGUGCUGGAGCCCAGGUAACGAGCAAUUCAUGGAUUAUGAAUUCUAUUGCAGGUUACAAACUGCAAACAGUUGGUUAAUCGUUGUGUCUGAUCACAUAUCACACUAAUAAUCGUGACAGAAUUUGGCUAUUUAUUCACUAUCAUUCCCUUGUGAACUUUGGUAGGUUUUCAUUUAUAUAUAUGAGAAAACGUUGCUAAAACAGAAUGUCAUCCUUGCCGGAUAUGUAUAUUCGCUUAAAAGUUAAAAACUAAAUAUUUAAUUCAUCAAAGAAAUCAGGUUUGGUCUGGCAAUAAAGUAGUUAAUGUCUAAAGUUAAUGUGUUACAAUUGAGUCUCAGAUUGGCUUGAGUGAUAUUUAAAUUU